UACUAACGAUGAAUCCAGAGGAGGGCUGGGCCGGGGCCCGGGGUGGCCACCCCCUGGAUCCGCCACUGUGGUGAGGUUCUUCUACUACUCGGUCCUCACCUUCAGGUUUCGAAAUACAAAGAAGUCAGGUCGCCCUAUACUACACUCCCGUUGGAUGCAUAAUCUACACUUAUUUGAGUCUUCCAACACAUUUGAUCAUAGUGGACGAAUUUGUCAUUACGAAAAAGUAAGAGAGAAGGAAUAGAGAAAGAGAAAGGAUCUGGAAAGAGAUUGAAAAAAGGAAGAGAGAAGGAAGAAAGUUGAGUUGCAGAGAAAAGUCAAUUCUCUCUCUCAUUGAAAAGUCAGCCAUUGAAAUGCGGAAUAAAUAAAAAAAAAUUAAAAAUACAAAAACGGACAAAAAUGCCCCUUCCCACUCCGCAUCCGGCCCAGCCACACGAUUGCUAUAUCCCCAGAUCUACGGCUCUCGUGUGGUUACUGACCAUAUCUUGGACCCUACACUCCCAUUGGAUGCAUAAUCUACACUUAUUUGAGUCUUCAACACACAUUUGAUCAGACGAAAUUGUCAUUUCGAAAGCAACAAAGGCUGGUCUUUCCCGACCAGUCUGUCAAUUGGGCUAGACUUGUCAGCCCACCAUUGUGGUAACGAUGGACUGAUGGGCUGCAACAAACAUCGAUGGCAUCCAGGAAGCAAAAAGAGUUCUAUUAGUUGGGCCACUAUCGGAUGCUGAAUCCUAGAGGGAUACGGAUUGCGCGAAGGAAGAUGUUCCAAGUCUUGUUUUCCUUUUUCAUAUUAGCAUUAAGUUUCCUUCUUAAAUAUAGAAGUUGGUUUUCCUUAUUUCCCUAAGGUUAGAUUCAUGGCUAUGUUGCCUCUACAAAUAGAGACACUCCGCCUUAAUCUCUUCCAAAGCUUCUCAAGAGUUUUGGUUCGUUACAGAAGGGCGAUUUAUGUUAUCAGCUAGAUCAUUACCUCAAUCGUAGGUUACAUCACAUCACAUUCGCGCUUGUUGCUUUCUCUUUGUUCGUUCUCAUUGCUGUGUAUUUUGAUUAUAUUAUGUUCGACAAUUUGAACCUCGACUCGUAUUGAGAAGACAAACGCAAAAGAAGAAGUACCAGAAUGGAUACAAUGCAGCAAUUCGUCGGCGGCGGCGGCAUGGUCCGUAAAACGGAAGCCAGGAAAGCAAAAUUCAUUCGGAAGAUUAUGGAAGGGAACGAGCUCACCAGAAGAACGAGCCUCCAGAAGCGGCUGCCGACCCUGAAGACCAAAGCUUACCAGCUCCAAACGCUAUCCGGCGUCUCCGUCUGCGUGGCAUCCAGCGGAGUCGACGGCAGGGUGAAAUUCCUGUGGCCGGAGGACCCCAAGCAAGCCCGGGAGGCGAUCGAAGCUUACAGGAGGGCUGACAAAGAGAAAAAGGGCGAGAUGACGGUUCUGGGCUGCCUGGAGCGGAGGAAAAGGGACGGCGAGAAGAAUAGGAGGAGGGCCCGAAUUCGGAGCCUGGCGGACCCGCUUUCCGACUGGAUCGACGGGAUUUCGUCGGAAAAGGACGCUCUGGCGAACGCGGCAGGGUUGUUGGGGUCCAAGAUUGCUGAAUUGGAGGAGAAAUUGAGAUUGCAGGGGAAGGAGCAAAAGGGGGAAACAGAGAGUGGUGAUGAAUCAAGUGACGACGACGACGGCAGCGAGGGAGAGAGUAAUGAGGAGGAAAUUGAGAGGCGGAUCUCGUCGGAGCAAGCUUCACCGCCGUCUGCAACCCACCAGCCGGUUGCCGUGUCUUGGAAUGAUAAUGGCGGCCUUGCCGAUCCUGUACAGAGCCAUCCGCAACCCAUUGGUGGUGGAGAUGGUGGUGAGCAUUGUAAUUCUAUCCCGGUGUGGCAAUCCGGUGGAAGAUUCGCCGACGGCGGGAAAUCGAUGAUGCACGACGACACUCUGCCGCCGCCGUUGUUUACUGAUAGUCUGGGGAUUCAAUUUCAGAAUUGCAGCGGCCGUGUUUUUGGAAUGUAUCCAAACGUGUCUCCCCUUCACGAAGCGCUGCCGUUUAAUGUUUGGGCUCCUCAAUACUAUUGAUUAAUGAUGAUUAACUGCUCCUAAUGGUGUUCUUAAUCUCUGUUUAUAUUAAUAAUUAAUUUAAAUUCCC